UCAGUUGUGUCGUCCGCAGCUACCGGAAAGAAACAAUAAUUUUUUUGUUGCUAUAUUUUGAAGUACAUAAGCGAAAUAAAUAAAAAAAACAAUGGCGCUAGUGUUCUUGCUGUCGGCGGUCGCGGUGGCGCUUGCGCUGUACUUGCGGCAUGUGUACUCAAGGUUCAGCAGCUGCGGCGUGAAGAACCUCACCCCGCUCCCGGUCCUGGGCAACAUGGCGCGCAUCGCCACCCGCAUGGAGCAUUUCACGAAAAACAUGCAGAGGAUCUACAACGUCGGCGCUGGAGAUAGAUUUGUAGGAAAAUAUGAAUUUCUUGAUCCUGUGGUGAUGAUAAAGGACAUCGACCUGAUAAAGACAAUAACUGUGAAGGACUUUGAACAUUUUCUGGAUCAUCGCAAUUUUGUUGACGAGAAAAUUGACUCGUGCUUUGGAAGAAACUUGUUUUCAUUGAAGGGUGAAGAAUGGAAGGAGAUGCGAUCGACUCUAAGCCCAGCCUUCACCAGUUCCAAGAUACGCUCGAUGGUGCCGUUCAUGGUCGAAACUGGCGAUAAGAUGAUUAACUCCUUAAGAAUGAAAAUAAAAAAAUCAGGAAAUAAUUCAAUCCACGUAGACUGUAAGGAUUUGACGACUCGCUAUGCUAAUGACGUCAUCGCUACUUGUGCUUUCGGCCUCCAAGUCGACUCUCACUUAGAAGAGAACAAUACUUUUUACAAGAAGGGCAAGGAGGCUGCCACAUUCAACUUUAAGCAACUUCUCAAAUUCUUUACACUAACUUCUUGGCCAAAGAUUUCGAAGGUGUUCCGGAUAACUCUGUUCUCCGAAGAAACAAGAUUUUUCUUCCGGGACUUGGUGCUGAACACAAUUAACGAUCGCGAAACAAAACAAAUCAUCCGGCCUGACAUGAUCCAUCUGUUGAUGGAAGCCAAGAAAGGUAACUUAAGACACGAGGACAGGAGUGGUCAGGAUACGGACGCUGGCUUUGCCACUGUCGAGGAGUCAGCUGUUGGAAGAAAGAACAUCGAUCGCGUGUGGACGGACAAUGACCUGGUGGCGCAAGUGAUCUUGUUCUUCAUCGCGGGCUUCGACACGGUAUCGACGGCUAUGUCUUUCGCGCUGCACGAGCUGGCCGCCAACCCGGAGGUGCAGGAGCGGUUGCACCAAGAGAUAAAGGAGUGCCAUCUCAAAAACAACGGCAAAAUUGACUUCAACUUCAUACAAGAACUGAAGUAUUUGGACAUGGUUGUUUCGGAGGUGUUGAGAUUGUGGCCUCCUGGCGUGACGAUGGACAGACUCUGUGUCAAGGAUUACAAUUUAGGAAAAUGUAAUGAAAAGUCAACGAAAGACUAUGUCGUGCGCAAAGGUGAGUCGAUCAUAAUCCCGACAUGGUCCAUCCACCGCGACCCCGUGUAUUACCCGCGACCUCUCCACUUCGACCCGGAGCGCUUCUCUGAGGAGCGGAAGCAUCUCAUCCAACCCUUCACCUAUAUGCCCUUCGGUCUCGGGCCCAGAAACUGCAUCGGUUCCAGGUUUGCGUUGUGUGAGGUGAAGGUGCUGCUGUACCAGCUGCUACUGAACGUGCAGCUGGCCCCGAGCGAGAAGACCAGCAUUCCAGUGCAGUUGGCCACCGACAAUUUCAAUCUUCGAAUCAAAGGCGGUCACUGGGUAGACCUUAAGCUUAGGGAGUGAAUAACUUCUUUAUAUUAACAAUUUCACCUUAUCUGUAAUAAAUGAUGUUAAGUGUAACUUUAAUUUGAUCAUUAUUAAACUUAUGAACUGUUUUUAGCUAUUGUAAUUGUUUUUGGAAACAAAUGAAGUUAAAUAUA